AAAUCAAACAAAUGACAAUGGUGGGAAAGGAGGAAAAAAAGUGUACUUGGUCCUAAAGGACAAACCAAACCAACUUUCAUAAACCAGCUGCUAUAUUUGCAAGGCUCGAGGCUUUUUCAUACACAUAAAAACAACUCAAAAUUCUUCAAUCUUUUUCCUGAUGAUGAAGAUGGGGUUUAGGAGCUAUCAAGUUGAGGAACUCCAAGCUCCUACUUUCAUUGAAUGGCUCAAGCCAUCUUCCUCUCCUACUCCUCCUUCACUGCUAUCGCUAUCGUCAUCAUCAUCGUUAUCGGAGCAGCAGCAACAAGGGCGGGAAACUAUUCAAUGCCUACCCCUUUUAAGCAGGCUGACGGAGAACAAAUCAUCGAAACAGAAUAUUGUUAAAGAAGAAAAGAUGGAGAAAGUUGCAGUUUCUUUGCACAUUGGGUUGCCUAACAGUUGUGCAACAGAUCCAGUUUUUGAAAAUAAGGUUUUUAAGGAAGAAGAAGAAGAAGAACCCUCCAAGAAAAGAUGCUUCCAUGGUUGUUCUUUCAACACAGAGAGUAGGUUUUGGAUCCCAACACCAGCACAGAUCCUCGUCGGCCCCAUGCAGUUUGCUUGUUCCAUAUGCAGCAAGACUUUCAAUAGGUACAAUAACAUGCAGAUGCAUAUGUGGGGGCAUGGAUCAGAGUACAGGAAAGGGCCAGAUUCACUCAAAGGAACACAACCAGCUGGAAUGCUGAGGCUGCCAUGCUAUUGCUGCGCUCAAGGCUGCAAGAACAACAUCAACCACCCACAAGCCAAGCCGUUGAAAGACUUCCGGACACUCCAAACUCACUACAAGAGAAAACAUGGCGCAAAGCCGUUCAUGUGUCGGAAAUGCGGGAAGCCGUUCGCUGUCAAGGGGGAUUGGAGAACACACGAGAAGAACUGUGGGAAGCUGUGGUAUUGCACCUGUGGAUCAGAUUUUAAACACAAAAGAUCACUUAAAGAUCACAUCAGGUCAUUCGGCAAGGGCCAUUCUCCUCAUCCUUCGCUCGAAGGCUUUGAAGAGCUCGACAAGGAAUGCACCACCGGCUCCGACGACUAGGCCAUUUGAUUUCCAAGUACCCUUUAACUUGUACCAUGUUUCUAAAUUAGGUUAUGGCUUUAAAAGUUUCCCAGGCUUAAUCCUAAUAAGCUUUGUGGUUGAGGGCUGAGCCUCGGAAACUUUUUAGACGCUUCGCUAAGUGGGAAUAAGAAGGAAAAGAAAAGGGUUACCUCAAGUGGUGAAGUAGAUGAAUUUUCUUCUCUUCAAUGGUGGAGAUUUGAAGCAAAUUUGGAUUAUUUUCUAAGGGAGAAAAAUUAUCAGCUUCAUUCCUAACUGGUAAUCUUUUAAUAGGA